AAUGUAUACUAUUGUGAAAAGAAAUGAAGUGCAUAGUUUCGUUUGCAUAAUUCUAACCUCUAAUUGAACAUCCGAUCAUCUUCGAUUGUGAGACCCCAAUAACGCGAUUUAUUCUCUUGACUAAGCAAAAAACAAUCUCUUUUUUUUUUAUCAGAAUGUCUUCUUUUCUCUCUCGUACUCUUCUUGUAACUCACCAUUUAAAUUCUCGGUCUUUUUCUACCAUGACUACUGAAAAAGCAACUUUUGCAGCUGGCUGUUUCUGGGGUGUUGAACACAUCUACAAUAAGCAUUUCAAACAACUCGAUAUCAAAUGUAAAGUAGGCUACAUAGGUGGCGAUUUAGAGAAUCCUAGCUAUCGCCAAGUCUGCUCGGGGAAAACCAACCAUGCAGAAGCAGUCCAGAUUGAUUUCGAUCCUAAUAAGGUCUCAUAUGCUUCUCUUGUCGAAUUCUUUUACAGAAUGCAUGAUCCCACACAAAUCAAUGCUCAAGGCCCUGAUAAAGGCACUCAAUACAGAUCAGCCAUUUUCUAUCAUUCGCCUGAACAAAAGACAGUGGCUGAACAAGUGACAGUUGAGGUUCAAGAAAAGCAUUUCAAGGGUAAGAAGAUUGUUACUGAGCUAGUGCCUGCUGGUAUCUUUUACGAUGCCGAGGACUACCACCAGAAAUACUUGGAAAAGAACCCUAGUGGCUAUGAAUGUCCCACUCAUUUCUUGCACUGGUAAUUGAGUCACAUUGUUGAAUAAACGUUUCUUUUUUUUUUCU